AAUUUAUCUCGAAAAUAGGGAUUUAGGGUUCCAACUCGCAAUCCCUAGAUUCUAACCAUAGCCUAAACUCGUACCCUUGAUAUCCACGAUUCGGCGGAGAAAUUGAUGUUCUCUUUUUACAUCGAUCCAGGUGCAAUUUUGGUUUUUCAGAUCUGAAACAUGUUUGAUGUGAAUGUGAAAAUUGGGAGAUUCAAUUUUUCUUGUUUGGAUUGAGGUUUUGUUGAUGGAAAAUAGAAUAGGAAACUCUCAUGGAGAGGAAAUUCGUAAGAAAUCAAGAUCUCUGGAUCUUAAGAGUUUGUAUAAAUGUGGUGAUUCAAAGGAUUCUUCUAAGAAUAAGUGUUUGAAGAGGAAAGAAAGUUCACAAGAGGGUGAUGGUGAGAAGAGGAGUAAUAAUAAUUCCAAGAGGAAGAAGAGCAGGAAAUCUCUUCCUCUCAGUAGUUUUAGAACCGUCGUCCAUGAUAGCAAUAGUAACAAGAGUUUAACUGAAGUGUAUAAUGGUGGGUUGAGUUCAAGGUUGCAUUAUCUGGGAAGUUUGAAUAAGUUGGGAUUCAGUCAGAAAUCAAAGAACGGUAGCAUUGCUGAUGAUGUCUCAGUUAGUUUGGAUAACAAUGGUAAUGGGAUACCAAAGCGUAAGCGGCGGUUUAUGGGGCGGAGCAAAUUUGAGGAUGGUCAAUUAUUGAAGCUGGCAGGGCAAUCUAAUAGUGAAGAAGUUAUUAAUGAGGAAGUGAAGUUAGCUAGUGAAGACUAUGGCACUCAGAAUGAGUCUUUGAAGGUUAAACGGGAGAAGAUUAUUGAUGAUUUUAAGGAGAACCGGAACAGUGAGUCAAGUUCAAUUCAGCAUUUGAAGAAAGCUGAUGGUAUUGCUGGUUACUCAGCUGUAAAUGAUGUCAACUCUUUGCAAAAAAAAUCACGGAGGAAGCCUAGGAAGAAGAAGGAUUCAAUGAAGGGUGAUAAAAGUGUUGCUAACAAGGCUGAGAGUUCUGUAGAGACUUGUGAUGCCUUUCAAGAAGAUGAAGAGAAUCUUGAAGAAAAUGCAGCAAGGAUGUUAUCAUCACGGUUUAACCCAAACUGUACUGGCUUUUCUUCAAACAGUAAAGUUUAUGUGUCACCAUCUGAGAAUGGAUUAUCUUUUCUUGCGUCUUCUGGUCAGAAUGCUAGUCCCGUGUCUAAGAAUUUGUCUGGUUCUGCAUCUGCUUCUGCCGAUGCUUCUGGUAGGAUAUUGAGACCACGGCAAAGUCAUAAAGAGAAGGCCAACUCAAGGAGAAGGCGCCAUUUUUAUGAAAUUUUCUCUGGGGACUUGGAUGCACACUGGGUGUUAAAUCGAAGGAUCAAGGUGUUCUGGCCUUUGGACAAGAAUUGGUAUUAUGGCCUUGUCUACGACUACGACAAAGUGAGAAAUCUUCAUCAUGUAAAAUAUGACGACCGUGAUGAGGAAUGGAUAGAUUUACAGAAUGAGAGAUUUAAGCUCCUGCUUUUUCCUAGUGAACUUCCCUGCAAAUCUCAAAAGAAAAGAUCUCGGCGAGUUAGAGUUUCUGAUGAUAGAAUCAAGAAUGUGAAGCUCAAGAAAGAGAAGGGUAAGAAAAAUUUCGUGACAGAAGAUGAGAGUACUAACUGGAACUAUAUGGAUUCUGAGCCCAUCAUCUCCUGGUUGGCUCGCUCCAGUCAUUGUGUCAAAUCCUGUCCUUUGCGUUCCAUGAAGAGACACAAAAAGUCUGUUUCAUCUCUUGGUUCUUGUACUCAACAAUUUUUGUGUAAUGAUGCUGUAGAUGAAAAUGGUUGUCCCUAUGGAGGUUCAUUGAAGGGAAGUAAAGUUAAAUUGUUCAACACCACUGCAUUGUCAAACAGACCAGUUGAUAGCAGAAGGGUUGAGGGUUCUUCGUUGGAUAGCACUAGUUACCCCAACAAAAAACAUCCUAUUGUAUAUUUUAGAAGGCGUUUUCGCAAGAUGGAUAAAGCAUUGUGUCAGGCUUCUAAAAGCAAUUGUAUUGGCAGUAAUGUUUCUGAAUCUAUCACAUCCCUUGGCUGUGUUGAUGAAUUUCAGGAUUUGGGUGUACUUGAUCCUUGCGUGGGAUGGUUGGAUCCUGAACGAGAUUUGUUGCUUAGUGAUAACGUAGGGCAGUUACAAUUAAAUAUUUCAUUGAUACAUUCAAAACAAUUCAGGGUUGGGUUGAGCGUCCCUAUGCUCUCUGUCUCAGAUAACUUAUUUGGUACAGAUAGCCUUUGGCUGCUUCGUACUUUGUUGUUACUGCAAUGUGGAAUGGUGAUGACUGUCUGGCCAAUGGUUCACAUGGAGAUCCUUUUUGUUGAUAAUGAAGUUGGAUUAAGGUUUUUCCUGUUUGAAGGUUCCUUGAAAAAGGUUAUAGCUUUUGUUUUCCAGAUCCUUAUGGUAUUUUCUCGACCUACUGAGCGGGGGAAGUGUCCUGAUCUGCAGUUGCCUAUAACUUCAAUCAGGUUCAAAUUAACUUGCUCUCAAGAUCUUAGGCGGCAGUUUGUCUUUGCUUUUUACAACUUCCAUGAAGUGAAGCAGUCAAAAUGGAUGUUACUGGACUAUAAGUUGAAAAGACAUUGUCUACUUAAUAGGCAACUGCCUCUGUCCGAGUGCACUUGUGAUAACAUUAAGGCGCUUCAGAAUGGAACAAAUCGGUUACUUGGUUCUCCUGCUUGCAAAGACUCCUCAACAGUUGAGGGUUUAAGGAGGAGAAAAUAUAAGCCAGGUAUCAGCCGUAUGGGUGUCUCCAAAGAAUCUGGUUUUCUGGAAGUUGGCCAGUUUUCUUGCAAUUCUGAGAAGCAUAGGAAUCUUCCUCAGUUUGCCCUUUCUUUUGGUGCUGCACCUACUUUCUUUCUUAGUUUGCAUCUUAAGCUACUUAUGGAACGUAGUCUUUCUUGCAUCAGCUUUCGCGAUCAUGACAACAUUGAGCAACCAGGAAGGUCUGGGAAUUUGUUGUUGGAUGACAGUUGUAGUAGAGAUGACUGUAUGAACAAUUCUGAAAAUAGUGUAGAAAAAAAUCUGAAGGCUUCAUUAAAGGAUGUUGCUUUUGAUGCUGAGUUAACAAAUCUUGGUCUCUCUGUUUGUGGUAAUGUAUGUCUGAAGAAGUCCUCACAGAAGUACAAAAAUGGUGAUCAAAUCGUUGAUGGAACUUCAGCUAGCUCUCAUGAACCUGAAGAAAUUGGAGCCAUAGCCAUUGGUUCAUUACCGAAGCAACAAUGUGACAUUUCAGAGUCUCGGCAACUUGCUGUGUCAUCAAAGUGUCCAGUUGAUGGUAAUAAGAAGAAUGGAAGUGGUUGUUCUGUUUUGAAUGGUAUUAGGGUUGAGAUUCCACCCUUUGAUCAAUAUGGAAAGCGUGUUGACAGUGAAUUACCCAGUACUCGGCAGUCUGCUGAUUUGAUUUGGAGUAUGAAUGGUGGAAUUAUCCCAAGUCCCAAUCCCACUGCUCCGAGAAGUACAUGGCAUCGAAAUAGAAGUUGUUUAUCGAUUGGUUAUCAUACUCAUGGUUGGUCAGAUGGAAAGGCUGAUUUCUUCAACAGUAACUUUGGAAAUGGACCUAAAAAGCCAUGGUCUCAGGUAUCAUACUCGAUGCCCUUUGGAAGCUUAGAUUACUGCUCAAAAAAUAAAGGCCAGCAGCAGAGAGCCCUUCCUCAAAAGCGAAUCAGGAGGGCUAAUGAAAUGAGAUCAUCUGAUGUUUCUAGAGGCUCCCAAAGGAAUUUGGAGUUACUAUUUUGUGAUGCAAAUGUACUAAUUACUACUGGUGACAGAGGAUGGCGAGAAUGUGGAGCGCAGGUUGCGCUAGAGCUCUUUGAUCAUAAUGAAUGGAAGCUGGCUGUUAAAGUGUCAGGGUCUACAAGGUACUCUUACAAGGCACAUCAGUUCCUGCAGCUUGGAUCCACCAAUCGUUUUACACAUGCUAUGAUGUGGAAAGGAGGGAAAGAUUGGAUCUUGGAGUUCACAGACAGGAGUCAGUGGGCUAUUUUCAAGGAGAUGCAUGAAGAGUGCUACAACCGUAAUUUCCGUGCUGCUUCUGUGAAGAACAUUCCUAUUCCUGGGGUUCGCUUAAUAGAGGAAUAUGAUGAAAAUGUGACAGAAGUGUCAUUUGUUCGUUGUUCUUCAAAGUACUUGCGCCAGGUUGACACUGAUGUUGAGAUGGCUUUGAAUCCAUCCCGUGUUUUAUAUGACAUGGAUAGUGAUGACGAACAGUGGAUUUCGAGAAUUCGCAAAACUUCAGAAAGUGAUAUCGGUAAUUCUUUGGAAUUUUCUGAUGAAAUGUUUGAGAAGGUUAUGGACAUGUUUGAGAAGGCUGCAUAUACUCAACAGUGCAGUCAGUUUACUUCUGAAGAAAUCCCAGAGCUCAUGGCUGGAGUUGGGUCCUUAAACGUAACCACAGCAAUCUAUGGGCAUUGGCAACAGAAGAGACAGAGACUUGGAAUGCCUUUAAUCCGUCAUCUCCAGCUGCCAUUGUGGGAAAGGUACCAACAGCAAGUGAGAGAGUGGGAGCAAGCAAUGUCUAAAGGUAACUCUAAAGCCUGUGAGAAGCCACCCAUGUUUGCUUUCUGUAUGAAACCCCGGGGACUGGAACUUCCGAAUAAAGGGUCAAAGUAUAGAUCCCAGAGGAAAAUUUCAGUUUCCGGUCAAAACCAUCAUGCCUUGGGAGAUCACGAGGGUUGUCAUUCCUUUGGCAGAAGGUCAAAUGGGUUCCUGUUUGAGGAUGAAAAGUUUCUAUAUCCUGCACAUAACUACGAUUCUUUCGAAGAUUCUCCACUGUCUCAAGUUUCACCAAGGCUAUUUUCACCACGAGAUGUUGGUAGCAUGGGGUACUUCCCCAUGGGCAGUGACAGGUUCGAUAAAAAUCAUCUCCGUAAACUUCAAAGAAGCAAGUCAAAGAAGUAUGUCACUUUUCUGCCAUCAAAUGAUGCACAGAUGAUGGAUUCAUACAAUCAGAGGCUUAUUGGCAAGAGAAAUGGAAUUCACCGAUGGAACAGGGACUUCCUUGAGUGGCCAAGCCAGCGGCAUUACCUUCCUGAUGGCUUUCAAAGGCAGGGUCCGGAACAGUGGGAUAACUCUGAUAUCGACGAGUUCACAUUGCGUGAUGCAUCUAGUGCAGCGCAGCAUGCACUUAAAAAGGCCAAGUUUAAGAGAGAAAAAGCGCAGAGAUUGCUUUUCAGAGCAGAUCUUGCAAUUCACAAGGCUGUGGUUGCUCUCAUGACUGCAGAGGCAAUUAAAGAAUGUUCCAAGGACUUAAAUGGUGGUGAUGGGUAGAAUAACGACCCGAUAAACCUUGGAGAGUGUCGACUGAACGAAAUUAGCCAACACCAUUCAGUUCUUGAGCUGAUGAAAUACGUAAAGAAUCAAACAUUCUUUUCCUCGAAAUGGUGGCUCGGAGUUUUGAUCGGUUGAUUAAGCGUAAAAAUGCCAACACGAAAGAUCUACUGGCCUCGAUGUUUUCUUUCUAAUCCUAGCAGCAGGUUGCACAGUAGUACAACCGUUGUUUCGAUUCUUCCGGUAAGUGGUGUAUGGAAUUUCGGCAGGCGAUAUCUGUACAGAAUUUUCUUUUUUUUCCGGUCCAUGACGUCGUAGUUCGAUCGGUUUUGCCUCUCAGCCUCGGUAUGGUCAUAUCAAAAAAUACAAGCAUCUCUUUUGUAAUCAAAUUGAUGUUUCCCUGUGUGAUUGAAAUGCUUGGAAUUUGGCGCAUUUGGUAGGGAUAUAUGUAUGAAAACAAAA